AUGCACGGCGACAUUAAGAACGAUAUUAUUAAAAGCUUGCCCUUUACGUUCAGCAAGGUGGAGUUAGAGCCCUGCGAUGGAAGGGGACAGAAAGGGGAAACGAAACAGAACAAUAAGGAUGAUGCCCCCCCGCAUGUUGUGGACAAUACGCAGGAAGGUCACACCGAUGAGGGCAGCGACACAGGAGGGGAGAGUCCCUCUGAGGGGACUGACCACUCCAACUGGUACGAAUGUGCUGGGGGAGAAUUGAGGAAAGACAAGAAAAGGAAAGAAGCUUCAAAGGGAAGCCGCUUCAACGAGCAGGUAAACAAACAUCACUCGUAUGAACACGUACCUGCACGAAAUGGGCAAAAAAAAAACUCCGCAAAAAAGUCUGCCACAAAAUGGGACGCAAAGUCUGCCGCAAUGUCUGCCGCGAACCCCCUCAAACAGCAUCCUCCCCUGUGCGCGCACACACGCGGGAGAGACAUGAUAAGCAAAAUUAAAGAGCGACUCGCGAUGGGCGGAAUGCAAAAGGAUACUCAAGGGGUAGGGGAAGGAGAGGGAUUGCAUUAUAGCCCAGACGAAUGUAACGACAGAGCAUAUGUAAAUGUGGAGAGAAGCAAGGUAAAAAAUUGGAGAGUGCAAAAUUACCUUAACGUGGACAGGUUAAGCUUGUCCCUUUCGACCAGCAGCAUGGGGGGUGAGGGUGCAGGUGAGGAGGACGAUUUGUCCAGCGAUGGGGAGAGCCCCGCAAGACGGGUAAGUGAAGGAGGGAAUGACAUUUUCGGGGAGUCCCUUUUUUCUUCUUUCAAUUUGAACUUUGACCCGUUGGGGGGGGCAAGUGAUCUUGUGGGCGGGGCGAGUGAUCUUGUGAAGCGGGACGGCUUCUUCCUCACUGAUGCCCAUUUGAACACAAGCAUGAGGGAUUCUCCUAACCGGACUGAUGCGGACCAGGCGGUAGGCAAGGUGCCCCCCGUUGCAAUGCACAACACAGUUCACUCGCUGGAGGAAGACAAGGAAUUGCAUCUGUUCGACUCACUAAAAAAUUUAUACAAAAAUUACGACAAAAAAAUUAAGCUCAUUAAUUACACCAAAAUAUUAAAUACAAGUCUGUGCAAGCGUGUACAGGAUGUUGUGGAGGGUCCACAGGACAAGGUGUUUGAGACAAGCAGCGGUAAGGAUGGUAUGAAGGAUGCACGUAGGAGGAAGGGGGACCCCUCGAUGGGGAACAAAAUGACAGAGCAAAAUGUAAAGGCCAUUAUAAUGAAUAUAAAAAAAAGGCUCGGGUUUUAUUCCGGGGAGGAGCGACAGGAUAUUUUGAACAAGGGGUCAAAGAUGGAGAAGCGGGGGGAGAGGCGGAUGGAGAAGCGGGAGGAGAAGCGGAAGGAGAAGAAGGUGCGGCACCAGAAGAGACGCGAGAAGCGGUACCGUGAGAUGCGUGAAAACAAGCCCACCUUUUGCGACAGCCUAAAUUACUCAAGGGACGAGCCUCUGUCCGAUAGCGUCAUAAAGGAACUGUGCAAUGGGGAAGAACCCGACUCACUUGUAAAAGUAGAUGCAGCUAGCCAAAAUGCGAAAAAAUGGAUUCACAAGGGAGACAGCCAAAACCUCCUUAAUUAUAAAAGUUUCAUUUCGGAUGAUUUUAAUUUAUCACACGAUAGGGAUGACUUCCUUGGCUCAUCCGCAUCUCGUAACAGCCAAGGGGAAACCUUCCCGUCGUCCAGCGAAGGGUGCGCGAGCUCAGACAAUGAUGAUGUGUUCGCGCUGUCCACGUCCUCGGUGCAGUUUAAGCGGAGCUUCCUGCGGGCCAUAGGACGGGCCUCCAACGAAGUGGCCACUGAUCGAGAAGCCCACGCAGAGGAUGGCACGCAGCAGAAUGGCGCGCAGCAGCAGGAUGACGCACGCGGGGACACCCCAACAAACAAACAAACAGAAAUAAAAGGCCAAGAGGUAUUAAAAAGGGAAGAGGAGGUCCCAACAGGGACGGGUCAAAAUUGUUGUGGAAGCGUCCCCUCUUCAGGGGAGAGCCCCCCAAAGGAACAUAUCCUUCUAGAUGGAGAGCAGGGGGGACAUUCAAAAAUGAUUUUUCACAUUAAUAAAGAAAGUGAUGAAGAAAGUGAUGAAGAAACUGAUGAAGACAUUAAUGAAGACAAAACGAAAGAAUUAAUUUCACGUGGAGACAAGUAUGAUCAAGACAAGGAAACAUGUAUUGGUCAGUCGCCCAAGGAUUUUGCCACCGAGGGGCAGCAACAUUCUACAUGCAAAGGAAGCAAUUCGCAAAGGGGUGAAGAAAACGAGUCUAACAACGAAGUGAGAAAAACGGAAGGGGUAAAUAUUUUAUCACAAGAGAUGGAAGCCUACAUGCUGGAGGUUUUCAACAACCAAGUGAAGCACCUCAAUGAAUUGGUGACGAGCGCUUUGUCCUGA